AUGACACCCCAGGACAGAGUCUGCUCCAUGCUUCAACGAGAGCGUUUUCGAAACCGAUACAUAGUCACCAAGGUGACCAUCAAGAUGCUGUACGCGAUCAACUUUGAGGGGCGACCCAUUGACCACUUUUUAUUCUCUGAGGAUCCCUUUAACUUUGCCCAGGGCAGAUUUGUCAUCCAUGACGACACCCAAUGGAGUGGGCCUGACCCAGCUCCUCUUGCCCAGAUUCGCCGAGCGGAUCAGCUCCACCACGUGCUAUACGUCAUCCAGGAUGCCGCAGCGGAAUGGUAUACGACCGAUGUGGCUAGGGUGUUCCGAACUGUUCACAGCGACGCUGUCAACAACGUCCCACACCUGGCGCCUCCGCAAGUGAUCAACGCCAUGUGCAACUUGUACCAGGCAGUAUUCGGCGAGCUCUUUGAUGAUAUUCUUCGCCGUUCCCCGCUCUGUAUCCACUACCAGGUAGCCAAGGACUGUUCGUUCCCCAGGUGUUCCCACACCCAUUCGCUCCACAGACUCCCGCCAGACGUUUUGCAGUGGGUGGUUCAACGCCAUGGUGCGCUCAAGAGUGAGCACCCACAGCAUGCGUGA